GGGUGCGCUAUGUGCGGACGGUGCUCAACAUCCCCGCCCUCACCAGAGACUACGCCCGCGCUAACAUCACCUGCCGGGCUUCCAACAACAACAUCACUGAACCACUUCGUGCCUCCCUCUUCCUCGAGCUGUACACGCGCCCGACGUCAGUGGUGAUCAAAGCCCCUGCGGAUCCGCUGGUGGAGGGUCGCAAGACGCGGCUGGAGUGCGUGGCGGCGGGAGCGUAUCCAUCCGCCGUCAUCUCUUGGGACAUGACCAUCGCGGGCCGCUCAAAGCUUCUAAAGUCCACGUCACUGAGGCUGGGUGACGUCACCUCCUCGUGGCUGCCGCUUGUCCCCGAGGCGAGCGACCACGGCGCCACCCUGACCUGCCGCGCACACAAUCCCAACAUACCAGGCCAUGCCGCCACCACUUCUACCGUCCUCCAAAUCACAUUCGCCCCGCGCGUGACGCUCAAGCUCGGCUACAAUCUGGACACUCGACCUGUGACAGAGGGCGAGGAUGUGUUCUUUGAGUGUGAGGUAGCCAGUAACCCGCCGCCACUUACCGUCACGUGGUACAAGGACGGGGAGGAGGUGAAGCAUGACAUGAGGGCGGGCGUGCUGGUGUCCGGCAACAACCUGGUGCUUCAGAUGGUGCGUCGAGUCUCCGCCGGGAACUACACGUGUGCCGCCACCAACACCCUCACCACCACCGCCAGCAACAGUGUGGUGCUGGAUAUCAAAUACCUGCCGGUGUGCGUGGACGGCCCUCAGAGCGUGGUGGUGGCCGAGGGCGAGGACGUCCGUCUCACCUGCAGAGUGGACGCUAAGCCAGAGGACGACCUGCGGUUCACGUGGUACUUCAACAACACACUCGACACGGUGGAGGUCGAGCGACACAGAGUCCAGGUCCGGCCGGGUCUCAGCUACCUCGAUUACACCCCCAGAUCUUCUCGGGACUACGGGAGCCUGGCGUGCUGGGCGACCAACACCGUGGGCACGCAGGCCGACCCGUGCCAGUUCACCGUCCUGGAGGCAGGUCAGCACCUCACCCUGUCCCACGUCGGGCCCCCAGAGCGCGUGGAGAGCUGCGAUCUGGUCAACCUAACUGGAGGGACCCUGGAGGUGAAGUGCUCCCCGGGGCAUGACGGAGGCCUGCCGCAGUGGUUCAUCGGACGAGUGUACGAUGCAAUCUCCCACAAGCUUCUCGCCACCAUGGAGGAGACCACGCCGCGCUUCCAGAUGAGCGGCCUCACCCCCGGCCACGACUACGUCAUCACUAUCACCGCCGUCAACAGCAAGGGCGCCAGCGAACCCCAGGAAAUCGAUGCAAUACGGCUCAAGGUGGCGGAGAAGCGGAUGGGUGAGGUGUCGUCUCCUGGAGUGUCGCCUCUGGUCGGGGUGUUUCUUGGCCUCGUGGGCGGCUUCGUCGGGCUCCUGCUGCUGGCCAUCUCCUUCACUCUCAUUCGCUCAUAUAGAUGUCGCUGUCUGGUGGCGGGGAGUGACGGGACGCGGGAGAAUGAUGGGGACGGCGCCUCGUCUCAUGCCCCUGCCGCCAAGGCCUCGCCCACCUCACACCCGCUGGACACCCGACCAGGACCUGACGUACUACUCUCCGCCAGCAGCCGCGCCUUGCCCCUCCCUUCUCACGGCACCACGCCCAGGGCCCGGUUGGUGACCAGCUACUGCGGUGUCGACGCCAGGGGCUCAGGUGGUGAGGUGGUGACCAGCGGUGAAGGCGGAGAUGAAGGGCAGCUCUCCUGGAGUAGACGCAUGUCAUCCUCCGUAUGAAGUGGCGGGCGCCAGAUGGCAACAAGCCAGUUUGAGGAAUUCGGCGAGCCAGCCCCCCGACCCCAGGAAGCCAGCCUGGCAGGGCACCGCGCCCCCGCCGCCCUGCACGCCGCUGCGAGGCUCGGGGACCACCGCGACUGGCUGACACUGUGACAGAGAGAGAGAGAGAGAGAGAGAGAGAGAGAGAGAGAGAGAGAGAGAGAGAGAGAGAGUCUUACCCACGGUUGUCAACUCUUUGUCAGUGGAAGGACAAAGUGAGUCAGCCAGUCAGAUUUUCAGCAUCACAAUUUCCAGAACGUGCAUUUCCCUAUCCUGCAAACUCCGCCAUGCGACACCAAGACGGGCAGUUGCCUCCCUCCCCCACUUCUCCCCGUGUCACCCUCCCCCUUAUCUCCCUCUUCCCUCUCCCCCCCUCUCUCUCUCUCCUUCGAUUCCUCCCAUCCACGCUCCUCUCACUCCUUCACUAUUUCCAGUGGUCCUUGCGAUGAACAGAGUAGAGAAGCAUUAAUAUCAGAUCUCAGUGAUUGCAUAUUUUGGAAGCUUUGUGUGGGAGUGUGAUUGAAUUACCAUUAUGUGAACAUCAGAAGUGCCACAUCUGGUGAUGAAGUGAAAACUGUUGGUGGCACUCAGUGGUAUCGAAUUGUCCAGUGAGAACGGUUGGGUGGAGAGAAGUGCCCCAGUGCGCGGGGAUGCCUUACGUAUACAGCUGGUGCCACGAAGGCUACAGCAAGGCUGCAGCUGCACCUUCGCCACUCUGCGAAGAAAAGUUUGCUCCCAGAACCAAGAGAUUUCCAAUAUAUUUUGAUGUAUAAGGUUGUAUUCCUCCUCCUCCUCUUCCUCCUGCUCUACUUCUCCGUUGUAUUCCUUACCCCAGCCCCUAUAAAUGGUACAAAUCCUGAGCACGACUCUCCACAUAUCACGGUCAGGUGUCGCCUCACGCCUCACUCCCCAGCACCAGUGAGCGUGUUGCCGUAAUGCUGGUUCUUCCGGGUGAUCCUUGACCUUUCUACUUUAUAACGCGUCGUCUGCUUCAAGCGUCGGCGCGCUGGCCGGCCAAGCCACACGUUUGGUGCCCGCGUCGACCCACAGACCUACAGGCCUCCAGGGAUUGAGUGUUCAGCGGGAUAGGUGUUCAGGCCAGAGCGUCAUGUAUUUAUAUGUGUCCCAUAAGCACUUGCAGUAAAAGACGCUGAAGUUA